AUGAGGGGCCUGGACCUCACCUGGGUGUUCCUGGUGCUGCUGCUGCUUUGGACCUGGUCAGCCGUCACCGAUGCAGCCGGUGUCGGAAGCACAGAGCGAGGAGGAGCCGGACGAAGCCAGAGGAAAGGAGGAAGUGGCGGCAGCGGAGGAGGCGCAGAGAAGAGGAGGAGGUUUCAUCGCAUCCACCACGGUCAGUGCAGCUACACCUUCAUCCUGCCGGAGGGGGACGGGUGUCAGGGCGGAGGACCGCCGUCACAGAAUGAACAAUAUGGCGGCUCCCGCGGCGUGCAGAGGGACUCGCCACCUGUGGAUGGAGACUGGUCCGCCGAGAAGCUGCAGCACCUGGAAAACAUAAUGGAGAACAACACGCUGUGGCUGCAGAAGUUAGAGAAUUUCAUACAGAGGAGUUUAAGGCGAGACGUCACCAACAUACAGUCGCACGUCGUCCACAACCAAACGGCCACGAUGCUGGAGAUCGGAACCAACCUGCUGUCACAGACAGCGGAGCAGACACGUAAACUCAACGUGGUAGAAGCCAAGGUACUGAACCACACGUCUCGGAUAGAAAUCCAACUUCUGGAGAACUCUCUGUCCACCAACAAACUGGAAAAGGAGCUCCUUCUGCAAACCACCGAGAUCAGGCAUCUGCGAGACAAGAACAGCCAUUUGGAGAGCAAAGUUCAGAUGUUGGAGUCUCAGCAGAGAGGAGAGCUGGAGGACAUGAGAGUGGAGAAGAACAGACUGCAGUCGGUGGUCAGGACUCAGAUGGUGGCGAUCGAGUCUUUAGAGCGGCAGCUGAAAGUCGCCACCAGCAACAACACGGCUCUGCAGAAGCAGCAGGCUCAGCUCAUGGAGUCUGUCCACACACUCAUCAACAUGGUGGCCACCACUACAGGGUCACCUCCUCGGAGCCAGAUGUGGAAGGACUGUGCAGAUGCUUACAAAGACGGUCACUCUGUCAGCGGCGUUUAUCACGUCUACAUCGAGAACAGGACUGAACCUGUGCAGGUGUACUGUGACAUGGAGACGAGCGGCGGGGGCUGGACGGUCUUCCAGCGACGCUUCAACGGCAGUGUGGAUUUCCAGAGGAGCUGGAAGGAGUACAAGAUGGGUUUUGGGGACGUGCAGGGGGAGCACUGGUUGGGUAAUGAAGUCUUAUACCUGCUGACCAGUCAGGGCCAGUACUCUCUGAGAGUGGAGCUGAGGGACUGGGAGGGAACCGCUGCAUACUCCCAGUACGACCGUUUUACACUGACCAGUGAGAGGCAGCACUAUAGGUUGUAUCUGAGAGGCUACAGCGGUACGGCCGGCAGGCAGAGCAGCCUGAUCACACACGGAGCCGGCUUCAGCACCCGAGAUCACGACAACGACAACUGCGAUCACUGCAAGUGUGCCCUGAUGCUCACUGGAGGUUGGUGGUUUGACGCCUGCGGUUUCUCCAACCUGAACGGGAUCUACUACCCAGUCGGCCACAACAUCAGGAAGCUCAACGGCAUCAAGUGGCACCACUUCAGAGGCCCCAGCUACUCCCUGCACUCCACCUCCAUGAUGGUCCGACCGUACGACUUCUAA